CCGCGGGCCUGGCGGCCUGCCCCGCCGGUUCAUUCUUGCAGUGGAUUCGGAGGGGAGCGCACGCAGCCCGUCGCCGCCGAGGUGUGUCUUGGUGCCCAGCGUGACCACGACCGUGCGCUCGCCGUUCUCGUCGUCCUCGUCGUCCUCGCGGACCUUCCCCGACCAGGACGCCAGGACCGCCUUGAGCCGUCACCACCAGCCCGCCGCAGGACCACUGUAACGCGGCAACGCGGCCACGCCACUGCUAGAGACUCCGCCGGCCCGGCGUCCUUGACGAGGUCCUCGACGUGCACGCGGACGACCAGCACCCGGGGCACGACGGCGGCCGCGACGGCGACCCUCACGCACGGCGCGCACGGCUCCCCGGUCGCCGUGUUGGAGAAAAUCAGCGCCACCCUCUGCAACUUACGGUGCAGCAUGACGUCCCCGCUGAAGCGCCUCUGGUCCAUCGGUCACCAGGAGAGCCGCCUGACGCAGUGGGUGCGCGCCAAGCGGCGCGCCCAGGAGCGGCGGCAGCAGCCGCAGGCACACCGCCGCUUCUCGGACGACCAGCACGCGUGCCGCGGCUGCCACGCCAACUACUUCAGGGAGACGGCCCAGCGGCGCGCGGACUGGAUGACGUGCUCGGGCUGCGGCGGCUGGUACCACGUCCGCUGCGCCAACGUGAACGCCGUCAACGCCGUCAACGCCUCGGCCGCCGUCCGCGAGAGAGCACCGCUCGCGCUGUGCGGCCAGUGCGCCUCCUAGCCGUGGCACAGUGUGCCGGGCACACCAGGCGUUGCACCGCCACGGACUUGUACUUUAAUUGUUUCGCAUUGCCGCCGUCGCCGUGCUCCGCGGUCGCCAUGGCGACCCCGCCCAUCCCGGCCCGCGCGGCGGCGAGCGGCUGGCUGUGAUUUCGUGUGCCAUGUGUGCGUGUGUGAGUGAGUGUGUGUGUGUGUGUGUGUGCCGCAACGAAGCCAUCACGAUCUGAAUUUCUAGUGGCGCGGCGUGCGUUGCAGCGCCGUGACUCCACCCCGUCGAGGAGUCCCUCUCGGCGGGGGUCAUGAAGCUCGACGCGCCUCCAGCGGACCGAUGACGUGCUCCGUCUCUCUCGCACCUGUACGGCACGCCGGGGCGGCCGGGGCACGCCCCGUGAGUGCGAGAGAGACGGAGAGUGCUCGGCAUCGCUCCGCUGGACGCGCCGUCGUCCAUUAGCGCGAGGGGGAGAGUGAGAUGAAAGGUGUUGCGAUCUAGAUAGGUUCCUCUAAUGCGUGUUCGGCCAAUCUGUCUCGUGGGCCAGCGCCAUGCGACGCGACGCGUCGGCCUGCUGGUCGCACCACUGUGGUUCCAUUUAGUUCCAUUAUGCUCUUGAAGUGCUGCCAAGCGGCCGAGCGGCCUAGCGGCCCUGCACUGCUAGCAGCCAGUCCGGCCAGGCGUCCACAUUUCGCGGAACACGCGAGUGGAGUGUUGAAUAACGCCCGCCCGCCCUGAGCAACUUUUUGUUCAAAUUAAUUACGUAUAGAAUCGACCCGAGAGAUGAAGAAAGGGUGUAUUUUUCUUCUUGUUAGUUUUAGGAUUGUAUUCACGGGACAGUUUUGCGUAUGAAAGUGUUUCAAUACCAUUCCUGUGAGAUUUACCAGUAUUUUUUUUAUUUUAAGUGUGUUGCUGUGAUCGCUGAACUCUCAUUUUUUUGAUUAAGUUUCUUAUUUAUGUAUGUGUUUGAAGUCGACUGACUCCUAAGCUAAACAAAGUGUUUGUGUUUCAUAUCCUCAUCGAAUGUUAUAAAAAUAUAACAACAUUUCACGAGAAA